AUGGGUGCCUCUCCAAGGUGCAGGUCAUCCAUACAACCGCCCUCCUUUGGUUCUCCUUUCUCCGUGGGAACACUGUGGCUUCUGUCCAUGAUUAUGACUGCCUGUGCUUGCCCAAAGGUCUGUCAUUGCACGGACAGGAACGGCGUGGUGGUGCAGUGCACCUCUCGGAACUUGGAGAGCAUCCCGACGAACUUGCCCAAGGACACUGUCAUCCUCUUGCUUUCAUCUAACCGGAUCAGACACAUCACAAGGGAGGCCUUCGCUGACCUCCACCGCCUCAGGGAGCUGGACUUAUCUCAAAACGCCAUCGAGAACGUGGAGGUCGGAGCCUUUCAAGGAAUUUCAGAAAGUCUGCGGACCUUGGAUCUUUCAAACAACCACCUCACCGGCCUCCCGAAGGACACCUUCGCCAAGCUCCAUGCUCGAGUCCGCUUGUCGCACAACCCCUGGCACUGCGAGUGCUCUUUGCAGGAGGUGCUGAGGGAGCUGAGGCUCGACCCUGAGACGGUGAACGAGGUCAUUUGCUACACGGCGGUGCAGGAGGAGUACGUCGGACAGUCGGUCAUACAGGUCCUGGACUCUGGGAUCAACUUUUGCAACUUCCACCACAAGACGACAGACGUGGCCAUGUUUGUAGCCAUGUUCGGCUGGUUCUCCAUGGUAACUGCUUACAUCAUUUAUUACAUUAAACACAACCAGGAGGACGCCAGGAGGCACAUGGAGUACCUCAAAUCGCUGCCCAGCACGUCCCACAUCAGCAAGGACUACGACACAGCCAGCAGUGUGCUCUAA